AUGGUGCGACCGCGUGCGUGCGUGCCUACCACGCCAGAUCGACGGGCUAGGCUUCAUCGCAGCUGGGUAUAUAGCGUCAGCGCCGUGCCGUACCCGCGGAGACCUCUCCACGUCUCGCUUCCCGGCGGCCAGGUGCGCGUGUCCAGCUCGCGCCGAGGGCCCGCGCUGGCAGCGGCGCCCGACGACGAUCCGGGCCCCAGCGGCGCCUGGAGCUUCGUCUUCGAAGACGCGAGGCCGCUACUGGGCCCAGUGUCACCUCUGCAGCCAUGCCGAGGUGCCCCAGCCGGAGCAACCGUGGCCCCUCGCUGCGAGCAGUUCGAGGUAGAGGCGCCCUCCGAGGAGAGUCGUGGCGAGAGACCAUGCUCCAGGGGCCCUUCGGCAAGCACCAAGAGCGGAAGCAUGUGUGGCCGGCGCUUGUGUAUCUCGGCGUGCGCCGUGGUAUCUCUGCUCCUCAUCAUCUUAGGCGUGGGUGUCCUCCUUGGCUUUGACCACGUGUUUAGGUACAUUCUUAACAAGGAGGUGUCUCUGUCGGAGCACUCGCGGGCCUUCCCGAUGUGGAAGGACGUCAACCACGAAACCAAGAUCCGCUUUUUCUUCUUCAACGUCACCAACCCCAACGAGGUACUCAUCGGCGAGAAGCCGUCCGUCAAGGAGGUCGGCCCCUACACCUACAGGGCUGACUGGGUAAAACACAACAUAACAUUCCAUGACAACGGCACCAUGUCCUACAAAGAGACCAAGCGUUACUAUUUCGACAGACAGAGCUCUGUGGGACCAGAGUCUGACGAAAUCAUGACCGUCAACGUUCCUUUUGUGACGACGGCGCAGCUGCUGAAGGAGCAGAACUUCAUCAUCCGCGGCAUCGCCUCUCUCUCGCUGUCGGGCCUCGGGCAGCGCAUCUUCAUCUCCCGCUCCGUGGGGCAGCUCACGUUCGGCGGCUACCCCGACAUCUUGGUGCUCCUCGGCUCGGUCAUCGACUCCGGCCGGCCGCGGCCGGGCCAGCCGGGCUUCAACAUCGGCGACGUGUUCAGCCACGGUUACCGCACCGUCAUCGACAUGCUAGGCUCGCUGGUCGAUCCCGACCGCCAGGGAACCAACGGGAAGUUCGGCUACAUGGUCAAUAAAAACGACACUGUUGACGGGGAGUACACAAUCUUCACCGGUGAAGAUGACAUCUCCAAAGUGAACAAAGUAUACGAGUUUAACAAGCACAGGAAACUGGACGUGUGGCAGGGCGAUGAAUGCAACACGUUAACAGGAACGCUUGGACAUAUUCGGCCACCCCUGUCAAAGAGCAAUGAACAAGUUGUCUUCAUCCCGGACAUUUGCAGGUCAAUCCCAACAGAAAAUGUAGGCUACGAAUCAUUCAAGGGCUUGAAAGUGAAGCGCUUCAUAGCUGGUCCCACAGCAUUUGACAGUGGGCAACUGCGAAGUGAGAAUGAAUGCUUCGCUGCUGGCAGAACAUUGCCUGACGGGGGAGCAAACCUUGGUCCUUGCAAGCAAGGUGCUCCACUUGUGCUUUCAUUUCCUCAUUUCUUGUAUGCCGACUCAUCCUAUCGAGCUGAUGUUGAUGGCAUGAACCCAGAUCCCAAAAGACAUCAGUUCUUCUUCCACAUUGAACCUACACUUGGUGUGACCGUUAAUGUUCGAGGUCGGAUACAAGUGAGCGUCGUCUUGGAGCGAGUGUUUGGUCUUGGGCCUUUUUCUCGAGUUGCAGAAGGUGUGCUGCCACUCUUUUGGCAAGAAACGCGUGUUGAAGCGAGGGAUGGCACAGUCAAGUUGCUGAGGACCAUUGUUCAACUGCCCGAGUACUCUCAGUGGGGCUCUGUUGGCCUCAUUGUCAUCAGCUCACUGCUACUGGCUGCUUCAACGUUCCUGCUGUUCAGGCCAAGGGUAACAAGGAGGGAGAUCACCAAAGUGCAGCCCAUUGCUAUAGAUGUAAAGAAGUCUGGGGAUGCGACUUGCACUGACAUGUUUCCGACCAAGGUGGAGCGCAUUCUGCAGAAUGGCCUUGACCGUCUGCCCAACUCAUUUGGGAUCACAGCAGUGCGUAACAACUUCAUCAAUGAGCUCAAGAACACCAGGAGGACUUCUGAGCCAUCUGCACCCGCCGAUAUUGACAUCUAUAAGACGUGACUGCCUGUCACUCUUAGACUGCAAGAUAUUUCUUGUACAUAAUACUCUUGCUCUUCAGUGGACCGUAGAGGUACCAUGUCCUAAUUGAUUUCACAGUGAAUCACCAUGAAACUGUGACAAAUUAUGUACAUAGUUCCCUCCUACAUUUUAUACACCCUGUAAUAACUUUUGUGCGUGCCGUGCUGUGCCUUGAACAGGACUGCUGCCAAAGCAAGAAGUAAGAGUUCAGGCAAGAUGUUAUGCUGCUGCAGCAGUGUUACAAAAAUGCCAUAUUUUGUAUACUCUGCAUGCACAGCAAGCAAUGCUCUUUGGGAACCAAAUGGAACUGCCAUUUUUACACUUGCAUUUCUUUGCAGUCCAUUUUGAUGGUCAUGGGCAUAUAUGUUUUUGUACAAUGCAUGUGAGUAACUGCUUAACAGUUCCCAUAUCAUGUGCUUUCUUAAGUAUGUCAAAUGAUAUGGCAUAGGUUUCAUAAAUGAAAAUGUCUCUUUAAUAAAUGAGUGAUGUGUGUGCUCCAAAUGUAAGUGUGAGAAGACUGUUUAUAUGCUGAGGGGUCAUAUGGCUUUACAUCUGUGCCUUGCAUCAAGUACAAAUUACAGUCUGCGGCCUAUUUAUACAAUCCUCUGACAUGCUUAGAUCAACUUUAUGCUGGGUCCUGUGGGGAUACUUGAAUGUAUUAAACUUUAUUUGGGAAAGGCGGGAAUGUCUAAAAGGUAGUCUGGUACAUUUGGUUAUGUUAUCCUACCAUAUGUAGUUGUUUCUUGUGACUUACAAGCCUUAACAGAACCUUCAACUUAUUCAUGUGAACAUGUCAGACUUAUGUAAAUACGUGUAUUGUGCUUUGUCAGUGUGAAAGUCACUCAGUUAAAGCACAAAUCUAUGUGGGAACUGUAGAAAUAAGGCUGAUGUCAAGCUAUUUAGCUCUUCUGUGUAUGAGGCUCUGUACACUACAAACGGGCCAAAAAACCUCGGACUUGACAAAUUCACCAACUAUUUAGGUUGAGAUUUUUUGAGUUAUGUAAAUAGAUUUUCUGUCCUGUCCUUUUUUUCUUUCCACACAGACAAGCAGCCAUAUAGCAGUGCUCAUAACUUGUUUUUUUUUUUUUUUAUGAGUUGUUUCUGUUGAUACUUCAGCCACAUUCCAGAAGCAACCUCUAGGAUUUCCUGUUUUUACAUCUGUGAUAGUCCAUAAGUUUUUCAGAGUGUGAAUUGUGAACCUAGAAAAAUAAAAAUUCUGCACCACA